AUGUCUGGUUCGGGCGCCGGCGUUUGGGUGUUCAAGAACGGCGUGAUGCAGCUGGAGCAGCCGGCGGCGGCGAGCCGGAAGGCGCUGGUGUACGUGCCGACGAACGAGGUGGUGCGGUCGGUGGAGGCGCUGGAGCGGCGGCUGGGGACGCUGGGGUGGGAGCGCUACUACGAGAACCGCAGCAUCGUGCAGCUCCACAAGCGCGACGGCGGCGCCGACCUCAUCACCAUCCCGCGCGACUUCGCCAGCCUCCGCUCCACCCACAUGUACGACAUCGUCGUCAAGAACCGCGACCACUUCAAGGUCGUCGACGCCUAG